AUGGCGGUGUUUAGAGUGGAAAAUAUUAAUGCGAAUGCUCCUCCAGUGAAUAAAAACGAUGAAAUAACGCUCUACCAAAUUGGUCGGUACAUCAGCUCCAAUGAAGCUGCUUGGCGUAUCUUUGGUUUUCCAAUUCAUGAACGGGAUCCAGCAGUUGUUAAGUUAGCCAUCCAUCUUGAAACCGGUCAGCGUGUAUUUUUCACGAACGAGACAGCGAUUGAUCGUGCAAUAAAUCCCCUUAAAACUACACUCACUGCAUUUUUUGAAUUGUGUAAUCGUGCGGAUGAUUUUGGAGCAUUUGCACGAACAUUACUCUAUUCACAUACUCUAUUUACAAAUAUAAAUCUGAAGAUACAGAUGUUGUUGCCAGAGAACUUGGUAUCAUAUAAAUCUAUUGAUACGGUUUGCGACGACAGCGAAGCAGUUAACUUUCCCACAGAGUUUUUGAACUCAUUGGAUUUGCCAGGCAUGCCACCGCAUGAUUUACAAUUAAAGGUUGGAUCUCCCAUGAUCAUGCUUCGUAAUUUGAACCCGCCCCGGUUGUGCAACGGUACGCGAUUAGUCAUUCAAAAAUUAAUGAAAAACGUGAUCAAAGCCAGGAUUUUAAAUGGCAAGUUCAGAGGUGAAAAUAUACUCAUACCACGGAUUCCUAUUAUACCUACUGAUGUGCCAAUUCAAUUCAAACGUAUUCAGUUUCCGAUUAGAUUGGCAUUUGCAAUGACUAUCAACAAAUCCCAAGGUCAAACGAUGUCUGUUUGUGGAUUAGAUUUGAGAACACCAUGUUUUUCACACGAACAAUUAUACGUGGCAUGCUCUCGAGUGGGUAAACCAUCCAGUUUGUUUGUGUUAGCUAAUGAUGGACUAACAAAAAAUAUUGUUCACGAUAUAGCAUAA